AUGCCGGAUCAUGGAAAUGGGAUGUUGAAUCCCAAUGACGUGACAAUUGAUAUCCCAUUGACGGAGACCACUUCCCGUGGUCAAACGGGCGCACGUAAAUGGAACACCAAUACCAGCCCCGGUGGUAACUCGCAAACCACCGAGAAGGCCCCUAUCGUUGGCCACCAUCACCUCCGUGGUCCUGGCCGCAGACGUCGCGCGGAUACCGAUAUCAAUGAUUUGACCGGAAAGCCUGCUGUGGCGCCCGAGGAUGGCACUAUCAACCGUAUGGGCCGUUUCUACCAAGCUGUCCUGAAUUACUCCCUCAUCACUCGUUACCUGAUUUAUGUUAUUCCCAUUGCGAUUUUGAUCGCGAUUCCAAUCAUUGUGGGCGCUACUGUUGCCCAGGACGCCAAAAUUGGCGGUGUUCAUCUCUACUGGUUCUUUACUUGGAUUGAGAUCAUUUGGUUCAGUCUGUGGGCGUCCAAGAUCUUCGCCCGUUACAUUCCUUAUUUCUUCCAGUUCUUGUGUGGUAUCGUCAGCUCCGGUACCCGCAAGUAUGCGCUUAUUCUGCGCGCCCUCGAGACCCCCAUUGCGCUUGUCAUCUGGGCUAUCAUUUCCCUCGUGACUUUCCUCCCGGUUAUGACCUUGACUCCUGGUAAGAAAGAAUCCGGUGAUACGGCUCCUAAGUCAUGGGAGAAGAGUGUCAAGAAUAUUUUGUUUGCUCUGCUUGUCUGCAGUCUCAUCUACCUAGCCGAGAAAGCUCUUGUGCAGCUCAUCUCGAUCAGUUAUCACCGCAAGCAGUUCGACGCCAAGAUCCAGACCUCCAAGCGCAAUGUGCACUUGGUCUCUCUUCUCUUUGAUGCUUCACGCAAUAUGUUCCCCGUGUACUGCCCUGAAUUCAAGGAGGAGGACUCGCUCAUCUUUGACUCCAUCUUGGCUCAAGCUGGCAAGAAGGAUGGCAAGCGGUCUUCUGCUAUGCCCCUCCGCAUGCUCCGUCAUGUCGGCAAGAACGUCGGCCGUGUUGGCGACAAAGUCACCGCCGCUUUUGGACACGUCGCAUCGGAGCUUACUGGUAAACAAGUCUUUAACCCGACUGCGACGCACACCAUGGUUAUCGAUGCCCUUGAGCGCAAGCGCCAUGCUGCUGCGCUCGCCCGCCGUAUCUGGAUGUCGUUUGUGGUCGAGGGUCGUGAGUCUCUGUUCUUGGAUGACAUCGUUGAGGUUCUGGGUGCUGAACACGAGGCUGAGGCCGAGGAGUGCUUCAUGGCUCUUGACAAGGAUGGAAACGGCGACAUCAGUCUUGACGAGAUGGUCCUGACUAUCACAGAGUUUGGACGCAUGAGAAAGGCCCUGAACCAUAGCAUGCACGAUGUCGACCAGGCUAUCCGUGUGCUGGACAACCUGCUCAUGUGUGUCGCUGGUCUGGUUGGUGUUCUUGUCUUCAUUUCUUUCGUCACCACUGGAUUUGGUACCGUCAUUGCAGCUGGUGCCACCUCGCUGCUCUCCCUCAGUUUCGUCUUCUCCGUUACCGCUCAAGAAGUCCUUGGCUCAUGUAUCUUCCUCUUCGUCAAGCAUCCUUUCGACAUUGGCGACCGUGUCGAGGUCAGCGAUGUGCCUUUCAUCGUUGAGCGUAUUUCGCUUCUUUUCACUGUCUUCCGGAAUGUUAAAGACGCCCGCAUCACCCAGGUGCCUAACAACAUUCUGAACAGUCUCUGGGUUGACAACUUCACUCGCGCCAAUGCUAUGCAUGAACAGCUUGUCAUCCCUGUAGCAUUCGACACUAGCUUUGCUGAGGUUCAAUUGCUGCGCCAAGAGAUGGAGAACUUCGUUCGUGACAAGGAGAACUGCCGUGACUUCCAACCGGAUAUUGACAUCGAGCUCGAUGGUGUUGGUGAUAUGGACAAGCUCCAGCUGCGUGUUGACAUCCGUCACAAGUCCAACUGGUCUAACGAGACUGUCCGCGCUGCCCGGCGAUCUAAGUUCCUAUGUGCUUUGGUCCUAGCCGUCCGCAAGGUGCAGGUUCGCGCUCCAGGUGUUGAAAUUCCCUCAGAAGAAACCGCCGAUGCCGCAGAUGACGAUAACAAGGGUGAUGAUGCCGGUGCAGGCGCUGGGCGCCGCAAGUCUACCCAGGGCGGCGGUGUUGAUUCCACCAAACCCGACCCCGCUGUUGCCGCUGCCGCCGCAGGUAUCGUCAACUAUGAGAACACAGCCCAGUCGACUGGAUACGACCAGGGCCGCACAGGAACAGUCACCCACCGCGGAUCCACUCAAACCAACGCCGAGCGCGAAGCUGCCAUUGUUGAAAUGCUCAACGCUCGCUCCCCAGCCGUCGACACCAGCCGCGACAUCCAAGACGGUCAUGAGAACGCCCUACACCGCAUUGCUACCAACAACUCCAACCAAGGAAACCAGCUAAAUGUGCACACCGGAGGUGAAGGAAUCAACCGCGGUCUGUCAACCGGCCACCGCAAGGCUGGCAAUCGCGUCUCCUAUAACGAGCAGGAGACCCAUCCUGCUCUCAGAAACCCCCCUCUCUCUCCAGUCGCCGCCGGCAUGACCCCAUCCUCAAGCCAAGUGCCUAUUCUCGAGACCCCUAAGCCAGGCUCUCGCGGCAGCGCCCGCUACGAGCCCCGUCCUCACUCACAGGACCACAACCAGAGCACAGUCCAGAUGGUCGGCUCCCCAGACCCCAACCCCUUCAACAACUACUACCCCCAAGACACGGGGUACAAUCAGAUCCCGGCCGGCGGCUAUAGCGCCGAGAACACACCGGGACGCGACCGUCGCGGCUCGAACUCGGACAUCACUGGCGUGACCGCGCCCGGCCAUUACCAGCUCUCUGAUCCCUAUGACCCCAUCUCGCCCCCGUCCAUGUACUCCCCGCCCCAGCCAACAGUCCCACAACCCGCUGCGGGUACCUACAACAAUGCUCCGCUGAGGAAGAAGGAUAAAUCUCCUUAUGGAGAGCAUGAGGCUUGA